AUGGACCCUCCAGCGGAAAGCAACCGCGAACCAGCCUCUGAGCUAACAUCUACCGAGUUCUCUCUACAAACUACCGAAUCCUUUGGCGACCAAACGACGGGAGACUUUGUGGAGGCCAAGGGAGCCUUUACGGAUUGUACAUCGGUCGACUUUUCGUACAUGGCCGCGGGGGAAUUCACCGACAAGACAAGUCUGACGCCCAAAACCAAAAUGGCGCGUCCCAAGAUUGUCUUGUGGGGAGAUUCGCUCACUCAAACUGGAUGGGAAGGCUGGAUCGCCCAACUGGCCAAUCGCUACCAGCGUCGUGCCGAUGUCGUUAACCGAGGCAUGUCGGGGUACAACACCGCGUGGUACUGCCAUUUGCCGGAAGAAGAAACACACGACAAUGUCGUCCUUUGUACCAUUUGGUUUGGAGCCAACGAUGCGUCGCUCCCCGAUUUGAAUCCACAUCAUUACGUCAGUGUUCAAGACUAUUCUACAAAUCUCAAAACACUCGUCAAAAAGGCACAAACAAGCCUCAAGUGGAUGAGCCAAAACAACAUUUUGUUGAUUACGCCACCUCCCGUCUGUCACGAACAGCGAUUCGCCUAUCAAAAAGUACGUUACGGGGACAAUGCCACGGGCAAACUAGAACGGACCUUGGAAAACAGUGGAAUCUACGCCAACGCAUGUCAACAGGUCGCCACCGAACUGGGAUUGCCCUGUUUGAAUCUAUGGGAACAAUUUCAAACCGACGAAAAAUGGGAGCGAUUCCUUUCCGAUGGACUCCAUUUUAGUAAGGAUGGACACGACUUUGUAUUUGCAUGUCUGGAACAAGCCAUUCAACAACAUUUUGCCGAUUUGGUCGUCACACCUUGUCCUCAUACCGGGCAAUCCUGCAAUUCCGGAUCCACAUGCCAGGCUUUGACGGCCUUUGGACCCUAUCAUGAUCAGAUUGAUGCCCAAAAGCCACAGUCAGCCAUGAAAAAGGCAUUCCCCAACGAUUCUACGGAACCGACCAGUCCGGAUUCCAAAAAACCCAAAAUGGAUGCCCCCGGAAAGGGCAAACACGAGGUUUAG